CAAAAAAUUCUUUUUUCUUUUACGACAACCGUCUCUAACGUUAAAACGUUCUCAGUAGAGUUCGUCAAAUAUAAUCCAGAGUAAUCUCUUUGGAUCGUCUUUAUUAUUGUGAUUUAAUAUUACUCUAAUAUUAAACAAUGCCGCCCAAAUUCGAUCCCAACGAAAUUAAAAUCGUUAACUUGAGAUGUGUCGGUGGAGAAGUUGGUGCCACAUCAUCUUUAGCUCCUAAAAUUGGUCCACUUGGUUUGUCCCCCAAAAAAGUGGGUGAUGACAUCGCCAAGGCCACUGGAGACUGGAAGGGACUGAAGAUCACAGUGCAGCUGAUUGUACAGAACAGGCAGGCACAGAUAUCUGUUGUACCAUCUGCAGCUGCCCUUAUCAUUAGAGCUUUGAAGGAACCUCCACGCGACCGCAAGAAGCAGAAGAACGUAAAGCACAGUGGAAACAUUACAUUGGAAGAUGUAAUAGGCAUUGCCAAAAUCAUGAGGCCCCGUUCCAUGGCAAGGCAUCUCUCUGGCUCAGUCAAAGAGAUCCUCGGCACUGCACAGUCUGUCGGCUGUACAGUUGAAGGCAGACCACCACAUGACCUUAUUGCUGAUAUAAACAAUGGUGCAUUGACUAUUGAUGAAUAAAUUUUUUAAGGCUUCAUAAACAA